GUAGGGGGCGGGCCGUUCAGGGUUGGUUUCCUGGGCGACCACUGCUGGUUAGUCGGGUAGAGGUGUGCGGGCUUCGGGGGCCAUGGGGACUCCUCCCGGCCUGCAGACUGACUGCGAGGCGCUGCUCAGCCGCUUCCAGGAGACGGACAGCGUACGCUUCGAGGACUUCACGGAGCUCUGGAGAAACAUGAAGUUCGGUACUAUCUUCUGUGGCAGAAUGAGAAAUUUAGAAAAGAACAUGUUUACAAAAGAAGCUUUGGCUUUGGCUUGGCGGUAUUUUUUACCUCCAUACACCUUCCAGAUCAGAGUUGGUGCUUUGUAUCUGCUAUAUGGAUUAUAUAACACCCAACUGUGUCAACCAAAACAAAAGAUCAGAGUUGCCCUGAAGGAUUGGGAUGAAGUUUUAAAAUUUCAGCAAGAUUUAGUAAAUGCACAGCAUUUUGAUGCUGCUUAUAUUUUUAGGAAGCUACGACUAGACAGAGCAUUUCACUUUACAGCAAUGCCCAAAUUGCUGUCAUAUAGGAUGAAGAAAAAAAUUCACCGAGCUGAAGUUACAGAAGAAUUUAAGGACCCAAGUGAUCGUGUGAUGAAGCUUAUCACUUCUGAUGUAUUAGAGGAAAUGCUGAAUGUUCAUGAUCAUUAUCAGAACAUGAAACGUGUAAUUUCAGUUGAUAAGUCCAAGCCAGAUAAAGCCCUCAGUUUGAUAAAGGAUGAUUUUUUUGACAAUAUUAAGAACAUAGUUUUGGAGCAUCAGCAGUGGCACAAAGACAGAAAGAAUCCAUCCUUAAAAUCAAAAAUUAAUGAUGGAGAAGAAAAAAUGGAAGGAAAUUCACAAGAAACAGAGAGAUGUGAAAGGGCAGAAUCAUUAGCGAAAAUAAAAUCAAAGGCCUUUUCAGUUGUCAUUCAGGCAUCCAAAUCAAGAAGGCAUCGUCAAGUCAAACUUGACUCUUCUGACUGUGAUUCUGCAUCUGGUCAAGGGCAAGUCAAAGCAACUAGGAAAAAAGAGAAGAAAGAAAGAUUGAAACCAGCAGGAAGAAAGAUGUCUUUCAGAAACAAAGGUAACGUGCAGAAUAUACAAAAGGAAGAUAAACCUUUAAGUCUGAGUAUGCCUGUAAUUACAGAAGAAGAGAAUGAAAGUUUGAGUGGAACAGAGUUCACUGCAUCCAAGAAGAAGAGAAAACACUGAACAAAGAGCCUGGUGUAGUUUUUAAUUUUGAGUUUUCUGACAGAAGAAAAGAAUGAUAUUUUGUGUAUUGAACAGGAAGACUGCCAGUAUUAAAAAUAAUCCUUCUGGGAAACUGUAGGUUAUUUCUUGGAAAUUGCAAUACAUAGUUCUAGAAUAAAAGUACACAAAAUUAGAAUAAGAAUUCUUUAACAUUUUCUUUAAUGACAUGCAUAAAUGGAGAUAAAACUUGUAUUUAGUAUGUAAUACAAAAAAUUCUGUUAUUUGCAGAUUGUUACUAUUUCCUGUAACGUUUUGUGAUACUAUACUGUCCAAAUACAGUCUGGUAAUACUAUUCUAUAUUAUUUAAAAUAUAUUUUAUUGAAAUAUUAAUGUUUAUUACAUGCAAAUAACUAAUCAUUUUGUAUCUACAGUCUGAUAAUGGAUUUUUUUAUUUUGUAUAUUCUAUUUUGUAUAUUGUUAAAUGCAAUAAAGUUUUUGCCUUGUUUUAUUUUUUAAUACAUAAAAGUUACAUUCUCAUAACGUGAUUAAUAACUUAGGAAGUUCACAAUGUAUUUUCUAAUUCUGCAGUUAAAUAUUAUUUAGUGUUUGUUUUAAAGCUCCCUUUGGUCUACUGUAUGUUUAUGUGUAUGUUUGUGUAUGUGUAAAUAUGUAUAUGUAUGUGUGUCCAUAUUUAUAUAUAUGACUAGUCAAUAAAUUUAUAUGUGUCUAUAUAUAUAUGACUAGUCAAUAAAUUGUGUAAGUACUUGAAUACUAAUACUUAAAUUAGUAUUUAAUACUAACUUAAGUACUUAAAUACUAAUGUAUUAAGUAUUUAAGUACUUUCUAAUAAAAUGUUUAAGAAGAAUAAUGUAAAUUUCAGAAUGUGUCUCUGGUACAGAAUCGUUGAUAGUCAGAAAAAAAAACUAUAGCUUCAUGAAUAUGACUAUCUGUUAAUUUCUCGUUCCAGAUAUUUUAAUAGAGAUUGCUUGAGCCAUGUUGUUUGAAUUGCUGCCAAUAGCAGACCACCUCCCUAUCAUGUUGUUGGCUCAGCCGUUUUUUUUUCUUCCCCCUAAAAGAGACGGGGUAUUGCUGUGCUGCUCAGGCUGGUCUUGAACUCCUGGGCUCAAGCAAUCCUCCUGCCUCAGCCUCCCAAAGUACUAGGAUUAUAGGUGUGACCUACUGUACCCAGUCCUAACCUGUUUCACAGUUGAUUAUACUUCAUGCUGUUUUCCUGCAUGAAGUAUAAUUAAGGGAUUUGUUAAGGUAACCCUUAAUUAAGGUAUUAUUAGGGGAUUUAGAGUUUGGGUUGCACACCUGUAAUCCCAGCACUUUGGGAGGCUGAGGCGGGCAGAUCACGACGUCAGUGAAACCCCGUCUCUAAUAAAAAUACAAAAAUUAGCCGGGCAUGGUGGUGGGUGGCUGUAGUCCCAACUACUUGGGAGGCUGAGGCAGGAGAAUGGUGUGAAUCCAGGAGGUGGAGCUUGCAGUGAGCCAAGAUCACGCCACUGCACUCGAGCCUGGGCGACAGAGCAAGACUCCGUCUCAAAAAAAAAAAAAAAAAAAGGUUUGGGUUGAAGAUCAAAUUCGUGAUAUCUCUAUAUCUAACUUUAAAAAUCAGAAUACUAAUGCUAACCCAAAUAAAAUGUUCAUUUAUUAGCAUU